AUGGAAAACGACCCAAAUAACAAUGGAAUUGUGAGAGUGGCUCUAACGAUCGUAAUACUGGCGAUGAGCACGUUAUUGGUUACGAUGAUGAUAACGGUGCACUGGCAACAGCAGACGGCGGGUCGGGAAACCGGUCGGUGCAUGUCGGUGGCAGCGAUGCAGGCGCUCCAUCGACUGCGCGAGUGUCGUCUGCUAUGCGACGCUAUUGUGCGCGCUGACGAUGGCGCUUCCUUCCCCGUGCACCGUGCUAUACUCUCAGCCUGCAGCCCAUACUUCCUGGCACUGUUCACAACAACUCUUCAUUCUCGGGAGCAAAGCGACGUAUUGAUAUCCGGAGUGCGUUCUGAGAUAUUACUGCUGUUGAUUGAGUACGCCUACCUCCGCCGUAUCGAUGUCACAGAUACCAAUGUACAUGAGCUCCUAAUGACAGCCGAUUAUCUCGCUUUCCUUGGAGUGCUUCAGCUUUGUUGCGAUCAUCUCAGAAGUUCAUUGAACCCAAAAAACUGUCUUGGAAUUAUGACUUUUGCAAGGCGUGUUUUCUGUUACAAACUCGAAGCGGAUGCACGAAGGUAUUUAUUGCGUUACUUUGUAACAGUCGCAACACAGAGCGACGAAUUCCUUCACUUGCCACUGGACGAACUUAAUUCUAUUAUAUUGGAGGACGAAUUAAACGUUAAAAGUGAGGAAGCAGUUUGGGAAUCCGUUUUGCGUUGGGUCAAUUACGAUCCAGACGGUCGAUGGCAGCACACGGUAAAAUUAAUGGGCAGCAUUCGACUGGGAUUGCUCGACACGCAAUUCUUCCUAGAGAAUGUUAAAGAUCAUCCAUACGUUGCCGGGAAUGAAGGAUCUAGGCCAGUUAUAAUAGAGACGCUGAAGUUCUUAUACGAUUUGGAAAUGAUUGCUCAGAGAGAUGGAGAAGUUGCCACACCAGAAAUAGCCCGACCAAGAGUGCCGCAUGAGGUCUUGUUUGCCAUUGGAGGAUGGAGUGGUGGGUCUCCGACUGCUUUCAUCGAAACCUACGAUACAAGAGCUGAUCGCUGGAUCAAAGUCGAAGAAGUGGAUCCGGCUGGUCCACGAGCCUACCACGGAACAGCAGUCUUAGGAUCUUGCAUAUACGUUAUCGGCGGUUUUGACGGCAUGGACUACUUCAACUCGUGUCGCUGUUUUGAUGCCGUCACAAAAAUAUGGCGCGAGGUUGCACCCAUGAACGCAAGGCGUUGUUACGUGUCUGUUGCUGUCGUUGGUGAGACAAUCUAUGCAAUGGGCGGUUACGAUGGCCACCACAGACAGAACACGGCCGAAAAGUUUAAUCAUCGAACGAAUCAAUGGUCGCUGGUGGCACCGAUGAAUGCACAACGUUCCGAUGCAAGCGCCGCCUCACUUGACAACAAGAUAUACAUAACCGGUGGCUUCAAUGGUCAGGAAUGCAUGAACAGCGUCGAAAUGUACGAUCCAGAAGCGAACCAAUGGACGAAUUUGACCCCGAUGAGGUCGCGCCGCUCCGGCGUGUCCUGCAUCGCUUACCACAACAAGGUCUACGUCAUUGGAGGCUUCAACGGUAUCUCGAGGAUGUGCAGCGGCGAGGUGUACGACCCGACGACGAACACGUGGGCGCCCGUGCCGGACAUGUACAAUCCCCGCAGCAACUUCGCCAUCGAGGUCAUUGACGACAUGAUCUUUGCGAUCGGCGGCUUCAAUGGAGUCACCACUAUAUACCACGUCGAGUGCUACGACGAGAAGACGAACGAGUGGUAUGAAGCGACUGAUAUGAACAUAUAUCGUUCGGCGUUAUCGGCAUGUGUGAUCAUGGGCCUUCCCAACGUGUACGAUUACAUACAUAAGCAUCGAGAGCGACUCAUGGAGGAGAAGCGACAGAAGAUCCUGCUAUCGGAGACGGCUCGUCAAGGACAACACAGACCGACGCUACCUGACGUCCAUCUCAUAGAAGACAACGAUGAUAUGCUUGAACAGCUUGGCUUGAUGGAGAACCAGGAUGCAAACAACGAUGCGCCUCCUCCCCCUCCACCCCCAUUUCCCCCGCAGCCCAUGGAACAAGAAUAA